AAUUAAAGUCUCCGCCCCACCGAACAAGGCCAAAAAAUUAUUUUAGAGACCACAUGCGAGGAUUGUGAAAACAGCGAUCACAGCAGUCGAAUCGAACGAAGAUGGACGUUGAGGGAUCAUCUAAGAAGAUGAUAGCCACGCAGGCGGAGAUGGUGGAGGCGAGGGUGCCUCUCGCGUACAGGGACCAGUGCGCCCACCUGCUGAUCCCCCUCAACAAAUGCAGACAGUCCGAGUUCUAUCUGCCAUGGAAGUGCGAGGAUGAACGCCACACUUACGAAAAGUGCGAGUACGAGCUUGUCAUGGAGCGCAUGCUUCAGAUGAAGAAGAUCCGCGACCAGGAGGCCAAGCUCAAGCACUCCAAGGGCCAGCUGGGAGCCACAAUCCCUCUCAUCCCCAAAACUGCCGAUGCCUAGAUGCUUCCUUCCGUUUCAUGGUAACCGUAGACUGCUGAUGUUUCGGAUGCUGCGACAUUUGUUGCUGCUAUUGUUGGAAUUCAGAACUGUUCAUCUUGAGCCACAUGUUGCUACGUAUACCUCAUUUAUUUCGUUAGUUUCGCUACCUUGAUUUAUAUAAGAAUAAAAUAUUUAAACAUGUUAAUGUCGUCUUUUUAUGUAUCCAUAUUCGUUUGGACUUGGCAGUGUGGAUGAGGACACUGGAUGAAUACUUGUUUGGGAAUCACUUAUCUGGUAAACUCUAAAAUAAAGGCCACCUUAUUGCUCUUGAAA